GAGUGUUUGUUUCCUGGCUGGGCUGCGGCUGUGGGGAGUUUAUCGAUAUUUUUCCAGUGAAAAUUUUCAUCAAAAUGCUGCUGAAACGUGAACAUCUUUAAAACGACACGUCGAAGAGUGUUGUACAGUAUUCAGAAGACGCUUUAUGGUUCAUCUCCGUGACUGUUGUGACACAGAACAGUGCGAAAAUGGUGGUGUUUAACGGAGUUCUUAAGCUGAAAGUGAUAGCAGCCGAAGAUCUGAAACCGACAGACUUCUCUACAAGACAUCAGAUUGCUGGCUUGAGCAAAGAUAAACUAUCAACGAUUGACCCUUAUAUUUCGGUCGACAUAGACGAAAUACACGUUGCGAGAACGACGUCUCGACCCAAGACCUUCUCACCAGUAUGGAACGAGGAUUUUUCGACAGACGUCCAAAAUGGACAAAAUUUAGGACUGACUGUGUUUCACGACGCCGUAAUGCCUCCAGAUGAUUUUGUGGCGAACGCCACAAUAUCGUUUGACGAUAUAAGUCAAAAACCAGCCGCAGCAGAUAUAUGGAUUGAUUUGGAACCUGCUGGAAAGCUGCACGUCGUCGUAGAACUUAAUGGAGCAGCAUCAGAAGCGCCAAAGGAGCGGGUGUUCAGGGAGCGGCAGGGGAUGGCGAAGCGGCGGGGCGCCAUGCGACGACGCAUUCACCAAGUCAACGGGCACAAGUUCAUGGCAACGUUCUUCCGACAGCCGACGUUUUGCUGUCACUGUAGAGACUUUAUAUGGGGUCUUGGAAAACAAGGUUAUCAAUGCCAAGUUUGUACAUGUGUGGUUCACAAAAGGUGUCAUGAAUACGUUGUCACCAAAUGCCCGGGAUGCAAGGCAACGACAGAAGAUGAAUUGGGAGGAACGAGGUUUAGUGUGAAUAUCCCUCACCGGUUUUCUGUGCACAGCUAUCGUCGGCCAACCUUCUGUGACCACUGUGGCUCGUGUCUAUACGGGCUGAUACGGCAGGGCCUGCAGUGUGAAGUAUGUAAGCUAAACGUUCACAAGCGAUGUCAGAAAAACGUGGCAAACAACUGUGGCAUCAACGCCAAGCAGAUGGCAGAGAUCCUCCAGGCGAUGGGCAUAUCUAGCCACAAACUCAACGAGGGAAAGCGUAGCAAAAAGGCCUCAAGCACUUCUGGCUACCAACGGAUGUCCUACCCGUGGAACAGUCAGAUUGCAGGCAAUGCUGAUGGCAUUAAGAUCUCGAUCAGCGAGGCGCCGGCGAGCAGCACGUUCUCCGACACAAUGAAAGGUGCGGCGCUAGUGCAUGAACGCUCUAACUCCUCUCCACUGCCGAUGCUCUCCGCAAUCAGCCAAGACAUGGCACGCAUGGGCAUCAGCAGUCCCUCACGCAGUCCAACCACGCCCUCACGCAGCGACCGCAUCGGACUCGACCACUUCACCUUCAUCAAAGUUCUCGGCAAGGGUAGCUUCGGCAAGGUGAUGCUAGCAGAGAGGAAGGGAACGGACGAGAUCUAUGCCGUAAAAGUCUUAAAGAAGGACGUGAUUCUCCAGGACGAUGAUGUCGACUGCACAAUGACAGAGAAGAGGGUGCUGGCGCUGUCAGCCAAGCAUCCAUUCCUCACAGCACUUCACUCUGCCUUCCAGACUAGGGAUCGUCUCUUCUUCAUCAUGGAGUACGUCAACGGCGGAGACCUCAUGUUCCAGAUCCAGCGCUCGCGCAAGUUUGACGAGCCGCGCGCACGGUUCUACGCCGCCGAGGUGACGUUAGCUCUGCAGUUCCUGCACAGACACGGCAUUAUAUACAGAGACUUGAAGCUAGACAACAUAUUACUGGACACAGAGGGACACUGCAAAAUUGCUGACUUUGGCAUGUGCAAGGAAGGCAUUCUAGAUGACCAACUGACCACCACCUUCUGUGGUACGCCCGACUACAUUGCACCUGAGAUUCUUCAGGAGCUGGAGUAUGGGCCGUCUGUUGACUGGUGGGCGCUAGGUGUACUCAUGUAUGAGAUGAUGGCUGGCCAGCCUCCGUUCGAGGCUGAUAACGAGGAUGACCUGUUUGAGUCAAUACUCCAUGACGACGUUCUCUACCCUGUCUGGCUCAGCAAGGAAGCCGUGUCAAUACUAAAAGGGUUCAUGACAAAGAAUCCAGUGAGGCGGCUGGGUUGUGUUGAGGCAUACGGGGGAGAGGAAGCCAUCAAGCAUCAUCCAUUCUUCCGGGAGAUGAACUGGGAGGCCCUAGAACACCGAAGAGUUAAACCUCCUUUCAAGCCUAAAAUU